AUGAAUACUGAUAAAAUGGCUUCAGUUAAUAUUCGUUGUAUUCCGGAUAAUCCUUAUGCAAUCAUUGGUGUAGUGAAUAAUAAGAGAGCUCGAUUAGAGAUUGAGACAAAGAGAAACGAAGAAAACCUUGAAAUAACCAAACGAAAUCCAAUCAAUCUAGUAUUGGUACUUGAUCACAGUGGUUCAAUAGCAUCAAAUAAUAAAUCGAAAUUUGCAAAAAAAGCUGUUAUCUCUGUCCUUAAUUUGCUGUAUGAUGACGAUGUUGUACAUUUAGUUGCUUACGAUGAUGCCGUUUGGAAUGUCUUCGAAAAUGCACGUGCAUCAGCUCGUCAAGUUCUUUAUUCGACUGUGGAAGAAAUUAAGAUCGGUGGUCAAACUUACUUAUCUGGAGCUAUUGAAAUGGGUGCCAAUAUUCUUGAAAAAUAUGUAUAUCCUGAAUAUUCCAAACGUAUGUUCGUAUUAUCCGAUGAAUCAGCUAAUGUUGGAUUAAGAACAAAAGAAGAAAUCAUGAAUGUUGUCACAAAGUAUAAUGAAAAAGGAAUUAUAAUCGAUUCAUUCGGUGUUGGAGAAGAUUUUGAUGCAAGAAUUAGGAAGGGCAUCGCUGAAGCUGGAUGUAGUCAAUUCUUUUCCCUUGAAUCGACUGAAGUCAUUGUAACAUUAAUGACAAAAGCGCGUCAGGGUGUUUUUGAUAUUUGUGGAACACAAGCUCAACUUAUUGUCCGCGGUCGCAAUAAUACAAUCGUAACAAAAAUAUGGGGCCAUGAAAACAUUGCACUUGGUGCAAAUUUUGGCGAUCUUCAUGUUGAUAACCUUCGCGUUGUUCUUUGCGAUUUUAUAGUUUCUGGAAUCGUGCCUGAAGAUACAGAAGUUGAUAUUUUCGACUAUCAGUUGAAGUACAAUCGUCCUGGUGACGUUGAUGGAGAAUCAUUAUUAGUUACUAGUAAACUAUCAGUAACGUUCGUAAGUGAUGAAUCACUCAUCCAACAAAUCGAUCCAAAAGUUAAAACCUUGCAUGCUGUUCAAGUUGCGGCAGAAAUGGAUGAUAGAAUUACUCAAUUGAUAAACAAUGACAAGAGAGACGAUGCUAUUGCACUAGUUACUGAGCAAAUCACUCUUCUUAAACAAGUGGAACAUUUGGACGACAAGAAAGGUAUGAUUGCGAUGUUAGUUCGAAUGGCAGAAAACAUGCAAAAAAGAUUGCAAGAACAAACAGUAAGCGCAAAAACUGCUGCUCAAUACUAUGGUCAUCAUGGUCAUAUGAAAAAAUAUCAUGAUUACAAAUACACUCACCACUACGUAGAUUAA